AUGUUCGAACAGGAGCUGGCUACCAUCAGACGGCUGGGAAUCCGACACAUCUUGCUGCAAGGCUUGAAUUUUGCAACAGUCAUCUGCACGGCGUUGAUGCUGUGGAAAGGAUUAGCAGUGGCACUGAACACGGAAUCGCCGGUGGUGGUCGUCCUAUCCGGCUCGAUGGAACCGGGCUUCUACCGGGGCGACCUACUAUUCCUCUCGCUACCCAGAGAUCGACAGCUGAAGGUGGGCGAGAUCCCGGUGUUCAACGUGCCCGAAGGAAAGAUCCCGAUCGUCCACCGAUUGAUCGAGAAUCACGACGAACCAAAAGCCUCAGCGACUAAGAAGGACAGCGACUUCGCCCAUCUCCCUACUCGUUGGAUGUUGACCAAGGGCGACAAUAACCACGAAAACGAUGUGGCCCUAUAUAACGGUCUCAAGUACCUCCAACGAUCUAACUUGAUCGGCAAGGUUAACGGAUACGUCCCCCAUGUCGGAUAUGUCACUAUCGUCAUGAACGAUUAUCCCAAACUCAAGUAUGCUUUACUCGGCGUCCUAGGACUGACCAUCCUCUUACAUCGGGAAUAG